AUGCUUUCGAUAUCCUUCUUGAUAUGUUUUGUGCUGAUCUGCCUGUUCGUUUAUUACUUUCGUUUCCUUCGCCAUCGUUAUCAAUAUUUUCACCGGUGCGGUAUUUCUACGCCACCGUUCCGGUUUUUCUUCGGACAUUUGAAAACAUUAUGGAACUGUGCGUCUUAUCAUCGUCAACUUGAAAGUUGGACGAAACAAUACGGGAAAAUUUAUGGAAUUUAUGAAGGAUCGCUUCCGAUUUUUGUUGUUAGUGAUGCUGAUUUCCUUCACGAAGUUUUCAUCAAACAAUUUUCCGUUUUCCACGCACGAAAACCGACGAUGUUAGAUAAUAUAUUUCACGACAUGUUCUUCUCCUCUGGAGCGAAGUGGCGUCGGCAACGACAAGUCAUCAGUCCGACGUUUAGUGCAGCAAAACUGAAGACGAUGAGUCCGCUCAUCAAUCGAUGUAUCAAUGAAUUCGAAAAGAAAUUACCGCGACACGCCGAAGAUGGCGAGGAGUUUAAUAUUUACUUCUAUUACAAAACAAUGACGAUGGACGUCAUUUGUCGAUGUGCAUUUGGAAUCGAUACUGAUGUACAAAAUAAUCCGAAUAAUAUCUACUUUCGAAAGGUUUCCGAGUUCUUUGAUACGAGUGCGAUUGACACGAAUAUCUUAUAUCGAUCUGCUCAGUUAAUGCCAAUAAUCGCUACUAUCCUAGGUCGGUUAUUUGCCGUUACAAAUAAAGCAUUAACGGUCAUCAACACUCGACUUUUGCCAUUCAUAUCACCAACCAGACAACUGAGUGAAGUGCCGAUCACAUGGCUUGUCAAUCGAGUGCACAGAAUUGUCGACCAACGACGAAAAAUACCUAUUCUACGACCUGAUCUACUGAAUCUCAUGUUAGAAACAAUGAAUGAUGCAAGUGAAGAUCCGAGAAAAUCAAUCAAUCAAUUAACUCAGGAAGAAGUUUGUGGAAACACCUUCAUCUUCAUGUUAGCCGGAUAUGAGACUACAUCUACAUCUUUGGCAUAUGCAACCUAUGAACUUGCUCGACAUCCAGAUGUUCUUCAGAAAUUACAGGCGGAAAUCGAUCAACUCCUAUUGGAAAAUUUCGAUGACGAUGAUGAUGAAGAAGUAAAGAAAUAUCCUGAUUACGACAUUGUCUCACAAAUGUCCUAUAUGGAUAUGUUUGUUACGGAAGUCUUGAGAAUGUAUCCAGUUGCUAAUCGAGGCAUCCAACGACAGGCCAUGGAUGACACUGUAAUCCAAGGAAUUAAAAUUGAGAAAGGCUGUGUAGUGUGUGCUGAUGUCUAUUCAUUACAUUAUGAUGCAGAACUUUGGGGACCGGAAGAUCCAUACGUGUUCUGUCCUGAACGUCAUCAAAUCAAACGUCAUCCUAUGGCGUACAUGCCUUUCGGAGCGGGUCCACGACAAUGUGUUGGUAUGCGAUUUGCAUUGAUCGAAAUGAAGAUUCUACUGACUAGAUUACUUCGACAGUAUACAAUACUGCCUGGCGAACAUAUGGAAAGCAAAUUUAUUAUUCAAGAUCGAACAGUUAUUGCGCCAGAUGAAAUCUGGAUUAAACUAAUUAGAAGAAAUGUUGAGGGUAUAGGCGUAGCUUGA